GUCCUCACACACACACACACGUACACCAAGCCAAGCCGCCAAAACCCCGCCGCCCCCCGCUCACACUGAAAAAACCAACACAGCCACUUUGUCCCAAAAUAAAAUUCCCUGCAAAACUUUUGCUGAGCUAGUAAAAGAAGAUGUAAAGCUCUCCUCUAGCCAAAUACCGGCAGCACAACAUGACACUGCAGCUCCAGCACGCCUACCGGGGGCAGCUAGGAGGAACCUAACAAAAACACUAGGUUCUCCUGAAACUCCUGGGAAGCGACGUGGAGAUGUACUAGAUGAGGGAUCUCUUUUAACAUCAAGCAAAAAGGUCAGAUUACGCGACGGUCUCACUGACGACGAUCUAGGAGUCUCUAACCUGCUUUCUGAAACACCUCUUUUCAAAAGCAAAGUCGCCAUAAAAAUUCGAGAUGACUCUAGAAGAGAAUCCCUUCAAAAGACAGUCGAAAUGGACACAGGUCUAAUCCUUAGCCCCCCAAAUAAAACAGCAAACCCCAAUACAUUGCCCUGGCAGACGGUUCCAGCCAGCAAGAAGUUGCCCUCAAUCCAAAUAUCCAAUGUUCAGCAGAUCAUCCCGCUGAUAGAAAAGUUAAACUGCAAAGCUGGGAUAAGCAACUUUUCGACAAGAACCGAACCUGGCGGAAACAUUAGGAUCCAUGCAAAAACUACGGAGGCCUACAAAGCCAUCCAGGACGUCCUCCAAACCGAACACAUCCCUCGACACUCCUACCAGCAGAAAGGCCUAAAGGGCUUCCAUAUCGUCAUCCGUCAUCUGCACCAAUCAACUCCAAUUAAAUGGGUUGAAAGCCAUCUAAAAGAAAUCGGCAUAGCCACGACCUUCAUUAGAGCAAUGCAGUAUAGGGACACAAAAAACCCUAUGCGGAUCCACGAGGUGGAGGUGGUACAGAAACCAGACGGAAGCCAUCGGAAGGUCCUGCUGCUGACCUCCCUUGGUGGACAGACGGUGAAGGUAGAAAGAAAGCGGGUCGCUAGGGAUCCCGUACAAUGCCACCGAUGCCAAAACUUUGGACAUACUAAGAACUACUGCAGAAACCCUUUCAAGUGCAUGAAAUGCGGACAGCUGCACGCCACGGUCUUGUGCAAUAAGCCCAGACACAUUCCGGCUUACUGUGCGAAUUGCAAGGGUAAUCACGUCUGUAGUUACAAGGGAUGCCCAGUCUUCCAGGAAGCGAAGCAAUGUUUAGCUGUGAACAAAAUACAAGACCAAAACACACAACCCACACACGCCCAGACGCCCCGCUACGAGAAGCCCAAACUACCGCCCACGACAAUAUCCGCACAAGAUACAAAACUACGAGCAAAAAGAAGCGAUGGGAAAACACUAACAAAAAGGAACCUGUCCAUAAACAAGCGGUUAGGCAGAUUCAGGACCCUAGAGAGGAAACCGAAGAAGGAGUCAAGCCCGCCGACAACUAGCAAACAUAGUAUUGCUACGCUAGAGAAUGACAGGAAAAACCCGAAAAGUGUCCUCAACCCGGCUAACACCCAUCUCUUCCACUUCCGUCCACCCCCAAUGGCGCAAAAUCUACCCGAAGAGGUACAGAAAAACGCGAUCCUUGAGCCAAAUCUUCUAAAACGCAUAGAAAGCAUGGAAGAGAAGAUAAACAACCUUCUCGAGAUAGUCACUCGCCUAGUCCAAAAAGAUAUAACUGGCCCAAUUUUUCCGAAAAAUCCCUCUGAGGCAAAAGGACAAAACUCCUUCAGACAUACCGGAAUAGUGACAUCUAGGAUGACACAGACGGGAAAUAGGGAAACCCUCAAAAUUGCUUUUUGGAAUGCUUGUGGGGUAAACAACAAGGUAGACGAGCUUAAACUCUACAUACAAAACAAAAAUGCCCACAUAGUUAUAGUCACGGAAACUAGGCUAGACAACAAAUCCACUAAACUAGAAUUUCCGGGAUAUGUAACCUACCUAGCUCAAAACCCUUUUUCCAGCAAAAGAGGAGGAGUGGCCACUAUCGUAAGUAGUAGGGUCCGGCAUACGGCCCUAGAACCGAUCGAGCAGGAAUGUAUACAGAGUGCCCCAAUAGUCUUGCUACCGGAAAAUAACAGACGCAGUGAAAUGAUAGUAAUAGCGUCUGUAUACUGUCCGCCCCAACAUAAAUGGUCGUCCAGCCACUUCAGGGACAUACUCAACUAUGCUGAGAAAACCCUAGAAGGUCGAACCAAAUUCGUCCUAUGUGGCGACUGGAAUGCUAAACAUAGACAGUGGGGCUGCUUUCGCGGCUGCCAGCGUGGCGCUGCACUAUACGAUGCUGUUAAAGCUGAUACCAUGGCCGAGAUCAUCGCUACUGGCUGUGCGACUCAUUUCCCUUUCGACUCUAGGAAAAACCCAUCAGCAAUAGAUUUUUCUAUAUGUAAAGGUCUUGGAAUGUACGAAAAGAAAAUCUCCUCGAGCUCGGAUCUCUCCUCAGACCACCUUCCUAUUCUGCUGGAAAUCAACCUUGACAGAAACACCUUCUUCUUGCACAAGCAAAACAACAGCAUCCUUAAGAAAACUACAAACAUCGAACUCUUUAAGAACGCUCUUGACAGAAAGGUCCUUCUAAAUACUGAGAUAAGAGUAGCUCAAGAUAUAAACGACGCCAUAAACAUCAUUAUCAAAAAAAUCACGGACUCGGCUACUGAAGCAACUCCCCCCCCAGACUACCUGACAACCCCAGAAGCAGGCACGGGCGAACAAACGGGCAUAGUGAUACUCUCACACUAGACGAAAACACCAGUAGAUUAUUGGAAGAAAAAAGGACACUAAAGAGGAUUUUUAAAGCUACCAGGACAAAUGAGGACAAAGCGAAACUGAAAGCAGCUGAAAACAGACUAAAAAAAGCUAU